AUGAAGUCUACUUGCCCACCACCCCCGGCUGUCCACAGCUUCGCAGAAUUGGUCGACUUCAGAAAGACCUAUAUCGACACUAUUUUCGUAUCCAUUGAUAUUGAGAAUAUCGACCACCAACCCAAUGACCGUCCGAUGGAAAAACUGUCGGAGAUGGGCGUGGCAGCCUUCGACCCAAGAAAUAGGACAUCGAAUUCCGAGGUCGGGCAAAUACAAGCCAUCCAAGUACAGCAUACCAUCAUCGACGAGUGGGCUUGGGUGACCGCAAAGACAUGCCCAAACCGUCGGAAGGCUUGGCAUCGCGGGGCACACAAACCAUCACCAUACACGGCAACAUUCUGUCUAAGCGACGUCCAGUCGAGCCAGAAGGUUAUGAGCCAACUCAGUGAUUACUUUGGGAUUCUACAAAGUCAGAAUCUUACUGAGGAAGAAGCGGCCGACGGCGUCCGCCGCAAGGUGGUCAUCCUGUCCUGGGACUCGAAUGCUGAGUCCCAACUGUUCAACAGUUAUACAUACAAUUUCACCGGAAGCAACAACAUUGAGCACUGGGAUUUCCAGUUGUGGCUCCCCGUCUUGAACCGGUUCGGUCAUGGCAACAAGACUGGAGCCGAAAAAUUCUAUCAGACAACUGGCAUCCUCGGUUCGGAAGACCAUUCAAUUACGCUACACAAUGCUUCCAACGACGCAUGGGCGCAGGUGGCUACGCUCAUUCGCUUCUUCCACAUGUCGAAGGAGGACUUUUCCCACUGGGUCCAGGCUGAAGAGGAUCUCAAACCCUUGGAUUUGAGCUGGGUUGAUCUCCAGAUUCUCCACCACAACACCGCCUUGGAACAUGAGUACAAGCGGUUCCCCAACAAGAACGGUCUUUCUGGUCCUUCGUUAGCAAUGCGCCCUGCUUUGCUCGGUCAAGCCGCAAACAGGAACGGGCAUCACCAUCGCAAGCCCAGUCCACCCCCCGCCAUGAACGACACUUCCGUCUUUCCCGGGCUACCUCCUCGGAUCCAAGAGAUCAAGGCACCUCCAAAAACCGUGUGGGGCGCCAAAUCAAAUGCGCAAAAUCUGUUCAAAUCUGAGGAAAGUUAUACAACCGGAAAGGGCAGCGGUCUCCAAGUCCCGAGGAGUCCGGAAGCCAAGCCACCACCCAAAUCCUGCUGGUCUGUCCCACUCUGCUUUCGUCCAUCUUCCUCAUCACCCUCUUCUUCUUCUGCUACCACAUCUCCUACCCAGUCAACACCAGCCUCCACGCCUCCUUCUUUGACCUCAGCUUCGACUUCCCAUACCCCCUCACGACCUACCCACACCACCGAUAGCAACGCACCUGCAACAAGUGCUCGAAAUUGCAGCGAUGGAGUCGCCGGUCCAGCGAUGGAGAAUGGCCAGUGCCUAUCAAAGAAUGCGCCAAAGAGGAAGAAGCGAGGAAGGAAGAAACAGGUGACCGGUGCAGGAAAGGCUUUCGACAGUCUCGGGGCCCUCGGAGCGGGAGCCAGGGGUAUGGCAGUCUUACAUAACGCUGCCAACGACACAUUCACCCAAGUCGUGGCCUUCCUGCGAUUUAUGGUAAUGACCAAGGCUGAGUGGAAGAAUUGGCGGGGUCGCUCGGACUUUUACCCUGGCGACCUGGAUCCAGUUGACUUGUCCUGGAUCAGCGAUGAAGUGUGGAAGGCGAACCAGGAGCUUCGCCCGAUACUUCAACCGGGGAGAAGAGCUGUGGAAGUUGAGGAUCCCGAGGAUCAAGAGCCUGAACCCGCCAUUGUGCACUACAGCGCAAUGGCAGAGAUUGAGGCUGGUUUUACUUUCACCAGUGUCACCACUGUCGGUAGCGCUAUGGAGUCGAGAAGCUGGGCGGAUGUUUUGCGAAAGCCGGCAGAGAAGGUCACUAAUCCCGCUUCGCCAUGGUCACCGAUCACAAGCUGGUCCUCGACGACCUGGACCUCGACGACCUGGACUUCAUCCUCCUGGGAAUCAUGGGAAUGGAUGUCAACCACGGGGUGGUAG